AUGGCCCAACGCGCCUCGCUCGGGGCUGCUGCUGGCCUGGCGGCCGUCGCCUGCUUGAAGCAUGGCCAGUCCUUCGUGUCCUCGCAGGUUGCGCCCCGCGCCGCCGUCGAGGAGACGCUGCAGGCCUCCUCUGCCGAGGCUGUCCCUGCACUCCGCGGCGCCGCGCAGGCCCAGCAGCCCAGCCCCACGGGGGGAGCGGCGGCCCUGGCAGCGCCGGCAGCCGCCGCCGCCCUCGCCGCGGCGGUCGGGUCCAAGCGCCGCGGUCGCGCCAGCAAGCUGGCGGCCGGCCAGGCCUCGUGCGUUGUGCCAGUCCACUCGCGCGCCAGCGUGGCCCGCCGGGCCCUGGACCAGUCGAGCCGCUACGCGGACCUCUCGCUGACGGAGGAGGACCUGAUCAAGAACGGCCAGCACGUGCUGGUGGCCUACAUAAUGAAGCCCAAGGCGGGCUACGACUACCUGGCCACCGCGGCGCACUUCGCAGCGGAGUCCUCUACAGGCACGAACGUGAACGUGUGCACCACCGAUGACUUCACUAAAACGGUGGAUGCCCUCGUGUACUACAUCGAUCCUGAGAACGAGGAGAUGAAGAUCGCCUAUCCUACGGCUCUGUUCGAUCGUAACAUCACUGAUGGGCGCGCUAUGAUGUGUUCCGUGCUGACCCUGAGCAUCGGGAAUAAUCAGGGUAUGGGCGACGUCGACUACGGCAAGAUCUAUGAUAUUUAUUUCCCGCCGCAGUAUCUGCGCCUGUUCGACGGGCCUUCGUGCUGCGUGAUCGACAUGUGGCGCAUCCUGGGACGCGGCACGGUCGGCGGUGGCCUGGUGGUCGGCACCAUUAUCAAGCCCAAGCUCGGCUUGCAGCCGAAGCCCUUCGGCCAGGCGUGCUAUGGCUUCUGGCAGGGCGGCGACUUCAUCAAGAACGAUGAGCCGCAGGGCAACCAGACGUUCUGCCAGAUGAACGAAUGCAUCCCCGAAGUCGUGAAGGCCAUGCGCGCGGCCCAGGAGGAAACGGGCCAGGGCAAGUUGUUCUCCGCCAACAUUACGGCGGAUGACCCGAACGAGAUGAUCGCACGUGCCAAGUACAUCUUGAACCAGAUGGGCCCGAUGGCGGAGAAUUGUGCUUUCUUGGUCGACGGCUACGUGGCUGGCGGCACUGCGGUGACCGUUGCGCGCCGUAACUUCCCGAAGCAAUUCCUGCACUACCACCGCGCCGGCCACGGCGCAGUGACCAGCCCGCAGACGCAGCGCGGGUACACCGCCUUCGUGCACACCAAGUUGUCGCGCGUCAUCGGUGCCAGCGGCAUCCACACGGGCACGAUGAGCUUUGGCAAGAUGGAGGGUGACGCUUCGGACAAGAACAUCGGCUUCAUGCUGCAAGACGACGUCGCCGACGGCCCCUACUACCGCAGGAGUGGGAGGGCAUGA